AUCUGGAACGCACGGACAUUUUUCAACGAGUUCUUAAAAACUCCUAAGUGCUCCGUGAGUAAACAAAUAACAAUUGAAAAAAACGUUCUGGCUUCUCGGUGUUCUAUUCGAGGCCGGGGGUGGCUCUUAUGACGUGUUCCGCUCAGCCUCGUCGUCAGAGCUAUUAGUGGCAGGAGAAAGGCGUGGGACGAGGUUGGGUUUCGCUGUAUUUCAACAUAUGACUUUGUAGAAAGAAUCCUAUGGUCUGAUAGCCUGAGAAAAAACAACCGACAUUUUGCGAUGCCUCUACUAAUUUCGCCGCGAAACGAGCGCAGAAAUUUUAUACUGAUGACGCGUCACUACCCAGACCUAAGUAGUGUUACGUGUCAUCAGAAUAAAAUUUCUGCGCUCGUUUGUCAGACGCCAUUUUGCGGGGAAACCAGUGGUGUUGUCGUAAAAUGUCGGCUGCUUACUCAGGUUAAUGGUGUGAUCGUUCAAAUCAAAGCUACAUCAGCAGUACUUUUGCAUGGUACCACUUUCUCAGUAUUUUGAUUUCAAUAGUUUUAUCGAUGGUGUUAAUAGAGAGCUUUAGAUUCUGAGACGAGGACGACUACGAUUACCAGAUUUUCUCAAUACUUAGUAGUGCGCACGCGUGAACCAGUGUCAUUUUGGCGGAAAAACGUUAUAGCCGUCGUCAUUCAACAACGGGUUUAUGCGAGAAUGUCGUAGUGGCAGAAAUAGAUUAUAACAUGUAAGAAGUUUCAUCAUUGUGCUAUCUUUCAGUGUAAACAACCGUAUUAACUUUUGUGGUAAAAAAUAGUAAAAUUAAGCUUUCCAGGGUGUCUUUUUUUAGAACACGUGCAUAAGUUUGAAGUUAAGUCUCGUAUUCAUACUUUUUCUCGUCCUCUAAUCUAAAGUUCUCUAUCCUUGAAACUUGAUUCUUUUAUUUUAGCAACACUAUCAGGACUUGUUCCCACCCAAAUCACCCCUGCCCACGGAAACGCUGGCUCAAGCCUGCCUUGGUCUUCUACUGAUUGAACGACAAGAGCAGGAAAAACGUUCUGCAGCGUCCACUGGUAAAAAAUAAUCAUGAAAUAAUCAUGACUACUUUCUCUUCAAAUAUUGUACUAUGACGUCACAUACUUUGCAAUGUUGCCCUCUCUGAGACUGGCGGGAAACAGUGUCAUUAUGAGAAGUCAUAUGACCUUGAAGUAGCCAAUCAGAGUGAGCGCUGUUAAGAAACAAUCCCAGCAUUACAAGAACAUCUAAUGGUUAAAUAUACUAAAUCAUUUUUUUAACACCAGGCUUGGCAGAAAAGUAAUCUGUUCAUUCGAAAGUAACAAAAAUCUGGGUUUUUAUUUUUGGAUAGUUGAUUUUUUUAGAUUUUUUGAUAAAACCCAUUGCUCUCACUGCCGUCGACAGUGUUGCAAGUAAAACAUCAUAAUCUUUAUUCCGCUUUACCGGUUGCGUGUACACAAAAAUCUUCCAUCGUAUAUGUUGACCUUCAAUAAAUAAGGCAAUUAAAUGCGGGUAGCUAAGUUUUAGUGUGUUGAUAAGAUUUUUUAUCUUUUUUAGACCCUUUCUCAGUGUGGAAUUCUAACGUUAGCUUCAGACUGAACAAUGUUGCCAAGAGAAGAAUAAGACUUGAUGAUGGCGACAAAAGUAAGAAGAUUGCCGCUUGUAGUUUCUGGGGUGCAGGGAGGAAUUUGCUUUACUGAUUGUGUCGCUGACUGAGUUAGAAACAGAUGCACUGUAAGUGCUGGCUCGUGCCCAGACGUCUCUCGAUGAAAAUUUGCGUGCAAAUGAAGGUGGAAAGGAGAACGCUUCGCCUUUUAUUUUUCUCCUUCUCGUGGUCCCUUGCGCUACGUCUCUUGUCACUCGCGUGUCACACGCGUUUCGCCCCAGCCUCUGUGCGAAAACGAAGUGCCUGAAGAGGAGACAGCUGUAAGUACAUGUCGCGAGAGACUAAAGCGUCCUUGGCGAUGGGUCCCUUUCACUGCCGACGGGCUGGCUGGUUGCCUGACCAGCUUGUUGACGUCUUGAGUUCUGAUUUCCUGUCUGACUGACUGAUUGAUGUACCGGUCGACUUGGUAACUGACGAACUUAUUGACUGACUGAUCGAUUAACUGUUUGGGAGUGACUGUAAGACGGAUUGGCUGCUCGACCGCCUGACUGACGGACUGACUGACCAACCCACUAGUAACUUUCCUGUUUUAUUUUCGCAGAGGUAUACAUCAUUGUAUCUUACAACAAGGAUGGAAGUUAUACACUAGAGGUGAGUAUAGGUGGAUUUAUUUUCCCUGUCGCGCACGUAACCUUUUGCUUAAAUAAAAUAGAGGCAAUGUAUGAAGUGCGCGUUAACGUAAAAGUUAAGCGAAGUUUUAAAUCUUUUAAGUUUACGCUCGACUGUUUAUACAUUGCCUCUAUUGCAUUUACUCGCGUAAAAUUUACGGACGGGCCACAAUUAACGCUGUGAUGUCUUUCAUUUCCAAACUGAACUUUCUUGCGCAGAUUGAGGGUGAGCGCUUAGACGUGAAGGGAAAACUUGAAUCAGACGACUCCAGAACUUGCCUCACAGCGAACAUAAAUGGGAACGUCUUUAAAUCCUGGCUCGUUGAUCAAGAAGGAACCAUUCAUUUAUUCACCAAGGUAAUCUUCGUUUAUAUAGAGUCCUUAUAGUUGGACCAUACGCUGAAAAUAGUUUCUUUACUUUGGUUAAGCACUUGCGCAAUCUUAAAAAACGCCAGAAUUUGUUGUAUUGCAGAGAGUGCCGUAGUUAGCCAGUCAAAAGCAAAAGGUUGACAAACCCCGACUUUGCUUUUCCACUUCCCUUUCGCUUGUCACAGGUUUCAAUUUCUGUCGUGCAACACAUUUGCUCGUGCGUAUGGAAGUUGUAUUUUAAACCAACCUUGCUGUUGCCACAAAUACUUCUAUGCAAGAGUAUUUUUACUUCAGCUCCUAGAAUACUAAAUUAAGACAUCCUCUUUGCCAUCCAAGUGCCUAAAAAAUGCAACAGUUUCAUUGGUUAAACAUCCCAGAGGGAAUGUCCAGAAUCUCUUACGUUUACGGUUAGUGUUCAUCAUCGGUUUCCCGUCAUUUUUACCCUCGUCUUACCCAGUAUCCGCGGGUGUGCUGCGGGUCUUACGCGCAUGACAACUUACAGCUAAAACGCCCUAUAUUCGUACAUGAAACAGAAAUCAAGAUUAAGCUCCCUCCAUCUGGUUACCCAGUGCUCCUGCGCGGCUUGGCUCUAUCUAACCUCCGAUUAAAACCUGCAACAAACGUGAGGUUUCUAACACUGACAUUAGAGAGUUUUAGAUCCGAGUUUACCGCGAAACUCUAACCGCGGUUCGCGGUUACCCGUUUGCGGUUCGACGUUCAAACAUAAUUCGAUUUAGAUUGGCGGUGGAUUAAAGAAGUGGAUUCUGGUCUAUUUUUCCAUUUAGAAAUAGAAGAAAUAUCAAUCAAUGAAAAAUAAAAGAACUUUUCGGUAACACUAGGUUAUCUAGCAGCAAAGAGCUGUAAAUUCUGACAUUAGUUCUUCUUGCAAAUUUACGGCCGCCAUUUUGAAUCAGCAGCGAUGAAUGGCACUUGUUUUCAAGAUCCAAUAGGAUUUAUCAAAUUUAGCAUUUCGCCCGAAUUUGUGCCUCUGUUAAUGGAUAAAGACUUGCUCCACAAGAUUUUUGUAUCAUUACGUGGGAUAAAACAAGAAUUAUACGCUAAAAGCUUUCAGGUAAAUGACAUACGUGAAAACCUACCUCCCCACGUUGAAAACGCACGUCGUAAACCUCAAACGUGACGCGAAAGACUUGUCACGUGACCUCCAGCGGUUAGAGGUUCGCGGUAAACUCGGAUCUAAAACUCUCAAUUAUUAUUCCUCACACAGGAUGGUUGUCAUAAAGUAUGUCGCCCGAUUCCCAAGUUCCUUCGGGGUGGCCCCUCAGUCGCUUCCCAAGGAUCAGCAGUGGCACCAAUGACGGGCACAAUCGUCAAGGUAGGGAUACUGUGGCUUGCCACUGGGUAAGUAGGCCUCUUGCACCAGUAAAAACAUCGGAAUAUUUCCGAUUUUUAUUAUACAAUCAGUAGCCGAAGUUAGGGUUUAAGACGCCAGAGCUCUCCUGAACGUAGAUGGGUCGACUAUUAUUGCCAAAUGGUGCUGAAAAGUUGGAUUGAACGUGGGUAGCCUGCAUAACAGGCGUUAUUUUUUCGCGUUUUUCAGGCUUACAAAAGCAAGCGCCAGACACGCGCGACGGAGGAAAGCGCGUGUCUGACGCUACCCGCUCGCUUCGCGCUUACCCUCGCUCGCCGGAAAAAUGCGUGAAAAUAACGCCUGUUAUGCAGGCUAGAACAUGGGUGAAAUUUGUACCUGCACUAAGCUACUGUAAGGAAUUUGUCUCGUUGCUUAGUAACCUUAUCAACAAACUGCAGUCAAGUAUAUUUUUCUGUGGAAGUUCUUAAAAGUAGUCUGGUGAAAAAUUUUCUGAUAACCUUUAUUUUUUUGCUCAGGUGCUUGUAGAGCCUGGACAGAAAGUUGAAGAAGGUGAAACGCUUAUUAUCAUGGAAGCAAUGAAAAUGGAGGUAGGUUGCUGAGGUUUAAAGUUGUGAUUUUUAUUCAGUGUUUGCUUUCACGUCAGUGAUAUUAGCAUGUUAGUCCACCUAUUUUUCAGACUUCACUGUUUACAGUAAUCCGUGGUUGUUGCUUUUUUCUUAAAACACGUGUUAGAUAAACUAUCACUUGUAAAGCCAGGUCUAGUUUGGGCAUACAAAACGUUACGACUUUUAAAUGGCUUACGGAAAAUCUUGAAUACCGAGGCGUUUCCCCAGGACUUCGCGGUCGUCCCUGUCGGUUAGAUAGUGCCGCCCCGGAGGGGUACUCGAUAUAUCCCUGGGUGGGGAGGUACGGCGCGGCCCAUCAUACCCUGACCCUGUUUAAGACAAAUAUCGCUGAUUUUCCUACCCUGUUUAAGACAGAAUUCCGAUUUUUGAUACCCUGUUUAAGACAUUUAUCCUGUUUAAGACCAAAAUUGAUAAAUCGAUACCCUGAUUAAGACAAAAAAUGACAAAUUCGAUACCCUGUUUAAGACAAAAAUCCCGAAAAACAUACCCUAGCCGCACGUCCCCUUUAAGCCCGAAGUAACGGUUAACGGUUCGUACUUUUCCAAACACACCUUAACUUCAGCUGUGUGUGUACUUACAAAAUUCGGUAAAGCGCGCGGAUGAGUCUACGUCCUAUGGUUUACAAGCUUAAAUCCCAUCAGGGUAAUAGGCUCCUGAUCCCAUCAAAUACCGAGAGUUGAAAGUUUGCACGAGAAUUAUGAUUCAGAUCAUUAUACGUUUCCGGAAAACUGCCCACCUACCCCUCCCCUAAGCCAACAUUAACACUUACUUCUCACUUAGGGCAAAAUGUUUGCUUAGAAGAGGGGUAGGUAGGCGGUUUCCCAGAAACGUGUAAUGAUUGUUUGGUUUAGGGGAGGGGUAGGUGGGCAGUUUCCCAGAUACCCAAACUGAUCCCAAGUUGUUACCUUUAGCAUGUUAUUCGAGCACCUAAAGACGGGGUGAUAGGACAAGUUUUGUAUUCUGAAGGACAGGCGGUAAACAGACAUGCGCAGCUCCUUCACUUCCAGGAGGCAGGGCAAGAUCAGGGAUCUGGAGACGACGACGAGCAGGAACCUGAGGCGGAGUGA